GGAAGGGUCAAUGGAGAAGAGACCCCGCGCCGGCGACGGCGGCGGCGGCGGCGGAGAAGCCUCCGGAAGCCUCGGAGGAGGCCUGGUAGACAUGCUACCGGAAGCGCUGCUGGUAGAGGUGGUUGGCCGGGUGGGGCUGGAGGCCGCCUGCUCCGCCGCCGCGUCCUGCCGCGCCCUCCGAGGCGCCGCCGGCGCCGCCUUGUCAGCCGUCACAGCCCUAGACCUCUCGGUGUUCCCGCCCACGAAUGGUAUCGUGAACAGGAUUCUUGACGGCAAUGGCGCGCUCCGCAGCCUCACCGUCAAUUGCAGCCUCCUCGACGACUCUGCAGUUGCCGCUAUCGCAAAGGGGAGCCUCCGCGAGCUCUCGCUGCUGAAGUGCUCAUCGUUCACCCCGUACCUCUUUGCGGUAAUUGGUGAGAGAUGCGCCAAUUUAAGAUCAAUUAAACUGGAGGUGGCAGAUUUAAACGGCAGUGAACAUUUUGUGAUCUGCCGUAAGUCCCUAGCACACGUAUUCAAAGGAUGUGAUUACUUAGAGAAUAUUUCGCUGAAGUUUCCUCUGCGGACUCCAGGCUCUGUUGACUUCGAUUCUUUGGUGUAUGCUAUUCCUAGCACCACCAAGGUACUAUUGCUACAGCCUGUGGCUAAUUGGCAGGCAAAGAAACUCUUUCCCAUAAGCCCUUCUCUGAAGACACCUUUCAGUGACAGUUUAGAAUCACUCUCUUUAGUUCUCGACAUCAUAACAGACGAACUUGUUACCUUCAUCACUGGAAGUCUCCCUCAGUUACUUGAGCUCUGCCUAGAGGACAACCCGGGGAGUGAAACAGAUCUGGACACUGAUCUGACCAAUAUUGGGCUACAAGCUCUUGGCAUAUGCCAGAAUUUGACACAUUUAUCGCUGACACGUGGUAAGCUCAGUUAUUCUUCCACCUUCAGAAGGGUAAAUGACUUUGGGAUACUGAUGCUUGCUGAAGGAUGCAAGCAACUCCAAACCAUUAGACUUGGUGGGUUUGCCAAAGUGAGAGAUGCUGGAUAUGCAGCCCUUCUCCACUCAUGCAAGGACUUGAAGAAAUUUGAGGUCAGUACUGCCUCAUGCUUGUCAGAUUUGACAUGCCUGGAUCUUGACGAGGCAGCUACAAAGAUUACUGAAGUGAGGUUGCUGUCUUGUAGUCUCUUGACCAGUGAAACAGCUAUAUCUCUCUCAUCCUGCACCAACUUGGAGGUUCUUGAUCUUUCGGGCUGCAGGAGCAUCGCAGACGCUGGCCUGGUUUCCAUCUCACAGCUUUCCAAGCUAACUCUAUUGGACCUUGCUGGAGCUGACAUUACCGAUGCAGGUUUAUCAGCACUCGGUAAUGGGAGGUGCCCAAUAUCUUCCCUGUGCCUCAGAGGGUGCAGAAGGAUCACCAACAAUGGUAUAGCUUCAUUGCUGUUAGGGAGUGGCACCAUCAACAAAACUUUGGUUGCACUGGACAUCGGGAAUAUAGCAAGGAUAUCAGGUAGAGCUGUCACAGUGAUUGCCAAGAACUGCGAGCAGAUAAGCAGCCUGUGUCUUCGUAACUGCGUCCUCAUCACUGAUCCAUGUCUCGAAACUCUGGGUUCAGUGCAGCACAACUCUGGUAAAAGCCCCCUAAGGAUGCUUGAUCUGUCGUACUGCUCUAGGUUGUCCCGCAGCUUCCUGAGGCUAUUUGAUCCGCUGUUUGACCCGCCACUGUUUCGAGGCCUACGGUGGCUCGGUAUCGGGAAGAAUGUGCUGGAACGUCGUGGCAACAGCCCGACCGUUGCAGAGAUCCUGGAUCGCAAGCCAGGGUUGACAAUAUGUGCCAAUAACUGCGAGAUGGGCUGCAGGAACCAGUGCCAUCCUGACGUUCGUACCCUGUAAUGUGCAUUCUCGGUAGACAUCCUAUUUGUUGUUGAAAUUCUAUGUUUCAUUAUGUAACAGCGUUCUUAGAAGGUAUUGAUCUGUGUGUGUAUCACUGAAUAUUUCUUAGGACAGGUAUGUUGGUUUCUCAUGUUGUAUUGUAAUGAACUGCUGGAUCUGUGCUGAGAAUUUGGGUAAUUUAGCUUUCAGAUG